AAUACAGGAAGGGGGGGGAGUCGAUUCCAAUUGAAGGACCAGGCGUAUUUUGCAGGAGACCGAAAAGAGGUACAUGUUAAAAGUACAUAGGAACACAGGGAUUUGGGCCCAAAAUGAGUGCAACUAGCCCCUAGCACAAAGGUAAUAGUGGGAACUAACGAUUUCAAGUCCCCUUAUGGACAUAUUGAGAUGGCUGCCGAUGGGACGAAUGCCUCCUUUAGGCUGCUGCCUCUUAAUAUUGGUGAUGACUUGUGGGGGACUAUUGACAACAUGCAAACAAGUGGAGCUACAUCUGGAUAGUAUUCAAGAUGUUUGGGAUGGUCAUCGGCUGCUUACACACAUUUUGUGUGCAUCCGACAUCAGUCUUUUCCUCGUCUCCCUGUUUAUUAUCCUCCUGCUGUGUUGGCAACUGGAGGAGCAACUGGGCACGCUGUGCUACCUGUAUGUGUCCUGCAUGUGUACUCUGUGCUGUGCCACGCUUUAUCUACUGAUGUCCUGGUUGCUAUCUUUGUCACCUGCACCCGCUUUCGGCUACCUUGGCACACAGUUGGCUCUGUUGAUGGUGCAACAUCCACGACUGCCAUGUCGCUUUGGCAGACAGAUGACAUUUUUCCUGCCUUGUGGUAUUCUGAUUGUUACCCAUAUUUUGAGCCCACAAUCUCCUCUACUUUUUCACACAGGUGGGGUAAUCAGUGGCCUAAUCUCCCGAUCAGUACUGCUCUCAAGUGUAGAGUGGUUAGAACCUUGGAGACGCACAUUGGAGAGAAGUCGUCUAUGUGGUACUCUUCAGUCUGUUGCUCUUGCAUCGUUCAUACCAUCGGGAAACAGACAAACCGUGCCACCAGGUACAGAUGAAAGAGAAAAAGUAGAAAGGCUUCCAUUCUUCAGUAGGGAUGUGUCUGAGACAGUUUUCCAUCCAGAUGUGCCUUUGGUGAACGUUUCUAUCCAUGCUCCACUCUUUGCUGAACAUAGAGAUAUUCCUUUAUCUGUUCUGUUUGAGGAUCCAGAACAACUGGAAAAUGAAAUGCUGAAAGCUGGGAUCCAGGCAUCUCUACAGGACUAUGAGCAGCAGAGGAUGAGUGAACCCACUCUGCACAAGUCCAGCGUUUCUACAUUCAGGCUUCAGCAAUUGGAGCGAAUGGGAUUCCCUACAGGUCCUGCAGUGGUGGCAUUAGCAGCAACUGGCAAGGUGGACACAGCAGUGUCCCUGCUUGUAGAGGGGAGGGUCGGGGAAGACAUGAAGGUAACCAGUGAAAGACAAGGUGACUCGUUGAAAAGAGAAACAACGGCCCUGAAACCAGAGUGAGCCAUUUACACAUCUUGCCUGUGUUGUAAAAUUAGGAUCUACUCUGCUAACAAGACUUUAUCCAACCCAAGACAAAAGGGGUGAUUGGAUGGGACACUUAUUUUUAAUAACUUGGUUAGAGUAAUGUUUAACUUUGGCACAGAACAGAUCCAUUCAAAGACUCAAGUCUGAGGUGAGAUCUAGGUUUUUAGAUAAGCCUUGGUACCUUCUGUUACCUCAUUUUAAACAAAGCAUUGGCUUUUUCAUUCCCACUAUUAUCCCAGCCUCAGACACCAACAUUAAGAAACAACAUAUUUAGUACAAAUUAAUCUUGGGGAAAAAAAGAAUUAACAAAGAUUUCAAUUUAAAAAGAAAAAAUCUUUUUAUUUAUACAAAG